AUGCAUUCAAUUCUCUUUAUAACGUUCUUUGUUGGCUUAAUCACAUUUACAACAUCAAGUGACGUACUUGUUUUUACUGACAAUGAUUUCGAAACGAAAGUUAAACAACAUGACAUUCUACUCGCGGAAUUUUAUGCACCAUGGUGCGGACAUUGUAAGCGGCUCGCACCUGAAUAUGAAAAGGCGGCAACAGCUUUAGCUAAAAAUGAUCCACCUGUUUCUUUGGUCAAAGUUGAUUGUACUGUGGAAACAAAAACUUGUACUAAAUACGGUGUCAGUGGUUAUCCGACUUUGAAAAUCUUCAAGAACGGUGAAGUUGCUGAAGACUACAAUGGUCCUCGAGAAGCUGAUGGCAUUGUCUCGACCAUGCGUUCCAAAGCUGGUCCAUCCUACCGUGUUCUGAACACCUUAGCUGAUUAUGAAAAAUUCUUGGAACAUAACGAUCACAGUAUCAUUGGUUAUUUCGAUAGCGAAACACAAACAUUGAAAGAUGAUUUAGUCAAAGUUGCUAAUCAAUUAUCUGAGAAAUUCCGUUUUGCUUACACAACAGCAAAGGACAUUUUGGAAAAAGCUGGUCAUUCAAACAAAAUUGUUCUUCAUCAACCAAAACGCUUACAAUCGAAAUUUGAAGACGCUUUCACAGUUGUUCAAGAUGUUGGUGAGAAAGUCAAAUCAUUCAUUCAAGAAAAGAUUCACGGUCUUGUCGGUCAUCGUACAGCAUCGAAUGUUGCUGACUUUUCUAAACCAUCCGUUGUUGUCUAUUACAACGUUGACUAUACUCGUGAUGCCAAAGGCACGAACUACAUCCGCAAUCGUAUCUUGAAAGUCGCUAAGAAGUUAGCCGAUGAAGGUGUCAAUGUUCGAUUUGCUAUUAGUAAUCUCGAUGAAUUUCGUCAUGAAUUAACUCAAUACGGUAUCAAUGAUGCGAAGAAAGAUGCCAAAUAUGUCCUUGCUCGUGGUGCUCGCGAUGAAAAAUUCAAAUUACCAGGCGAUUUCAGUUUCGAAGCUCUUGAAGACUUUGCUCGUAAAUUAAUCAAAGGUGAACUCGAACCAUACUUGAAGUCACAAGAAAUUCCUGAACAAACUGGUGAUGUUAAAGUUGUUGUUGCUAAGAACUUCGAUGAAAUUGUCAAUGACAAAGAUAAAGAUGUUCUCAUUGAAUUCUAUGCACCAUGGUGCGGUCACUGUAAAUCACUCGCUCCUAAAUAUGAUGAAUUGGCCAAGAAAUUAAACAAGGAAAAGAGUAUUGUCAUUGCCAAAAUGGAUGCCACAGAAAAUGAUGUUCCAAGUACAUACAAUGUUCGAGGUUUUCCAACGAUCUACUUUGCACCAAAGAAUGACAAAAACAAUCCAAGAAAAUACGAAGGUGGCCGAGAAGUAGAUGAUUUCAUCAAAUUCUUGGCUAAAGAAGCCACAGAUGCACUUGAUGGCUAUGAACGCGAUGGUUCAAAGAAGAAAGAUGCUAACGCCGAACUAUAA